CGCGGCGGGGCGGCGGCACGUGAGGCCCGCGAUGGGGCGGGGCCGCCAGGGCAGCGGAAGCGCAGCAGCGGCGGCGGCGGCGGCGGCGGCGGCGGGAUGGAGUCUGACGGGGCAUCGCGGCACCGUGAGCGCGCCCCCAAGCGCCGGGUGCCGGUUGCCGCCCCGCCGCGCAUGGCCGACCCGCACCCCCUCUUCGACGACACCAGCGCGGCUGGCGGCGGCGGGGCCCCCCCGGGCCGGGGCUACGGGGUGCCGCCCCCCGCCGCCUCCCGGUACCUGCCGCCGGCCUCCUUCCUGGGUGAGCCGGUGUCCAGCCUGGCUGUGGCCUACGGCACCAGCCUGGCCAGCCAGGGCCGCGACAUCGUGGAUCGCAACAUCGACCGCCUCGUCCCCGUGGGGCGGCUGAAAUACUACUUCGCCGUGGACACCGUUUACGUGGGCAGGAAGCUGGGGCUCCUCGUCUUUCCCUUCAUGCACCAGGACUGGCAGGUGCGGUACCAGCAGGAUGCCCCCGUGGCCCCCCGGUUUGACGUCAACGCGCCAGAUCUCUACAUCCCAGUCAUGGCCUUCAUCACGUACGUUCUGGUGGCCGGGUUGGCGCUGGGCACGCAGAACAGGUUCUCCCCUGACAGCCUGGGCUUGCAGGCCAGCUCCGCCCUGGCCUGGCUGAUCGUGGAGGUGCUGGCAAUCCUGCUGAGCCUCUACCUGGUCACAGUGAACACCGACCUCACCACCAUCGACCUCAUCGCCUUCUCUGGCUACAAAUACGUGGGGAUGAUUGUGGGCCUCGUGUCCGGGCUGCUCUUUGGGAAGACCGGCUACUACGUGGUGUUGGGCUGGUGCUGUAUUAGCAUCUUUGUCUUUAUGAUCAAGACGCUGCGGCUGAAGAUCCUGUCGGAGGCGGCUGCGGAGGGGGUGCUGGUGCGGGGGGCCAAGAACCAGCUGCGCAUGUACCUCACCAUGGCCAUCGCUGCUGUGCAGCCGCUCUUCAUGUACUGGCUCACCUACCACCUCAUCAGGUGAUGGGGUGUCCCCAGCCCCGCCGCCCGCCCGGGGAGCGCUCCCACCCCCCUGCUUAAAUAGACGCUGCCUGGGGACCUCGGUGUGUGUCGGCUGUGCAGUGUCUCUGCAUGGGGGGGCUGCAGGAGGGCCGCGUGCCGCCUGGCUCUGGCACUGCAGUGGGGCCCUCUGGUAACGAGAUACUGUGGGGUUAGUGCACCAGGGGGUGGGAGGGAGGAAUCGGCACCCCCCUAGCAUGGGGGCUGAGGGGGCGGGAGCCCCCUUGGAGCAUGGAAACAAAUGAGCGACUCGUCUCUGGAAGCUGGAGCGGCAGGAGUGACUGCAGCAGCUCCGGGGGAGCGGGGCUGGGCUGCGGGCAGGGAUGGGGCUCCCAAGCUGGGCAGCACCUGUUUUUGUGGUGUAUCUCGCAGACGCUCCGUGAAGAGCCCCGGAGAGCAGGCGAGUGCCCCAGGUGGAGGCACGUAGCUAUCGGCUGGGGCAGGGGUUCACCAGGCACCGCAGCCCAGGACCAGGCGCCUGGAGACAGGGUUGGGGUUGUUUCCUUCUGAUGCUGCAUCAAAUCUGCUGUGCCCUGAACCCUGCAGGCUUCGGGGAGGUGCUGAGGCCCCCCCGCCCCGUCUCUCCUGUACCCAGGCCGGUGCUGGGUGAUCCCCGGGUGCUGUGUGGUUCUUUGCUCCGUGUUACCUUGGCUGAGGGGCCGUGAGGUGCUGUGGUCCCCCAGCCGGAGAGCCGCGGUCCUGGCACGCGGCCCCCCUCGCCUAUAGCAACAACCAGUCAAUAAAGUGGAGACGGUG